CCCUCGCUGGUUUAAGCCUUAACAGCAGCAGCAGCAGCACUUGUGCGUCCAUGUGAGGAGAAGCUGCGGCCGCAGGACGCACAAGUCCCGCUUCCUCCCUCUGCUCCAUCUGCUGCAGCUUGUUUUGAACUUUGUGAUCUCCUGGGAAAGACGAUGUUUGCGUCGCAGAUCAACAAGUCCUCGGUGUUUCCGCCACAGUGACCGUGGAUGGCUGCGGAAUGGAGAUCGCCUUGGUGAGUUUUGAGAACGGCGGCGCCAAAGGGAGCGGUGGAGGCGGAGGAGGCAGCAAUGCCGAGGAGAGCUGCCGGAACGCGCUGGAUGUCCCUCAUCCCGGCUUCGUGCAGACUGGACUCGGGGAGGACUUCGGCAAAGAGCUGAACACCCGGGGGAGUCCUCAGCAGCGGCUGCACCCGCUCCACAGCUCGUGGAAAAUCAACGACAUGAACAGCACUUUCAGCUGCAGCGAGAACGCCAUGGAUGCGCUUUUACGCGCGGACCACAGUCCGCAUCUGUUCGACGAGGACAUGCUGGACAUGGACAUGGACACGGAGAGCAACGAGAGGGUGCUCAUCAACAUCGCCGGGCUGAGGUACGAGACCCAGCUGGGCACCCUCAACCAGUUCCCCGACACUUUGCUCGGAGACCCCGCCAAGAGGAUCAAGUACUUCGACCCGCUCCGGAACGAGUACUUCUUCGACCGCAACAGACCGAGUUUUGACGGGAUUUUGUAUUUUUAUCAGUCAGGGGGGAAGAUCCGGAGACCCGUGAACGUGUCCAUCGACGUGUUCGCGGAUGAGAUUCGGUUUUACCAGCUGGGGGAGGAGGCCAUGGAGCGGUUCCGAGAGGACGAAGGCUUUAUAAAAGAGGAGGAGAAGCCGCUGCCUCAGAACGAGUUCCAGAAGCAGGUCUGGCUCAUAUUCGAGUACCCGGAGAGCUCGAGUCCGGCCCGGGGCAUCGCCAUCGUGUCCGUGCUCGUCAUCACCAUAUCCAUCAUCACCUUCUGCCUGGAGACGCUGCCAGAGUUCAGGGACGAGCGGGAGCUGAUGGUCACCAGCCGCCUGGACAACAGCACCGCGCCCCGGCCGUCCCUCACCUUCACCGACCCCUUCUUCAUCAUCGAGACCACGUGCGUCAUCUGGUUCACCUUCGAGCUCUUCGUGCGCUUCUUCGCGUGCCCGAGCAAGUCCGAGUUCUCCAAGACCAUCAUGAACAUCAUCGACAUCAUGUCCAUCAUGCCUUACUUCAUCACAGUGGGCACGGAGCUGGCGGAGCAGCAGGGCCAGGAGCACCAGAACGGGCAGCAGGCCAUGUCCCUGGCCAUCCUGAGGGUCAUCCGCCUGGUGCGGGUCUUCAGGAUCUUCAAGCUCUCCAGACACUCCAAGGGGCUCCAGAUCCUGGGGCAGACCCUGAAGGCCAGCAUGCGGGAGCUGGGCCUGCUCAUCUUCUUCCUCUUCAUCGGGGUCAUCCUCUUCUCCAGCGCCGUGUUCUUCGCGGAAGCGGACGAGCCGGAGUCUCACUUCUCCAGCAUCCCGGACGCCUUCUGGUGGGCGGUGGUCACCAUGACCACGGUGGGCUACGGGGACAUGAGGCCGGUGACGGUGGGGGGGAAGAUCGUGGGCUCCCUGUGCGCCAUCGCCGGUGUGCUCACCAUCGCGCUGCCGGUGCCGGUCAUCGUGUCCAACUUCAACUACUUCUACCACCGGGAGACGGACCAGGACCAGUCCUCCCUGAAGGACGAGCCCAACAGCGGCAGAGCGAGUCCCGAGCUCAAGCGCAAAGGAAGUAAAUCCUCCGCCAAGUCUCAGGACGCAGAGAACAACGACGCGUCCGCUUCCGGAGAGAAGGCGAAUAUCAAAGCCAACAGCAGCAUGGACUUCAAGAGAUCCCUUUACGCGUUCUGCCUGAACACACGGGAGACGGACCUGUAGACCCCCCCACUGUGACACACCGAGACCCAUAGUUCUGUAGAAUAAACCCCCGUUAAUGGGCUCUUAAGUCUUUGCACAUGGCGCAGGAGGAUCAACACAUCGCAAUCCUGAAAAGUUUUAAGAGCGACGGGGUUGAUUUAUAAAAAGCACAUUUUAAUCCGCCUCAAUCUGGUGAGCACAUCCCUGAGUGAAGAGUUCUGACCCAACCACGGAGCACGUGAUGCAACACGGAGGCCCUUUAAUUCAGCAGGACCGUCAUCAAGGGUCGACUCGGGAGAAUUACUUGACAUCAGCAGGAGACGAACACGAGCUCCACUGCACUCUUUGUACAUAAUGUAGGAAACAGUCCAUAUUCUGUAACACGAGAAAAAGCCAAAUUUUGUUUUUUCUUACCUUCCCUACAUUUAGUCAUUAUGUUUACAAGAAAAGUUGCCGCAAAAGUGUACAUAUAUCCCACACGCCUACUAGUUAUGAAUUGGAUUACGGUGUUAUUGUAGAUUUUGAAAAAAGGAAAAGAAAUAAGUAUAUUUUUGAGAUGCAGACGCCUGUUUUCCUUCGCUCAGGUUCUGUCAAAGAAGUGAAACACUUUCCCUUUUUCCAGCUGAGAGUCGCUUCGCUCUCCGAGGACCUACAGAGGAUUUCAGACGCUGAACAACAGCAGCCUUGUUUAUGAUCAUUUGAAACUGAACGGAGGUUUUUGAGUUUUUGAGAAUUAAAGGACCUUGUGGAAGUAAACUGAAGGAAUGAGCCAAGAAAAGAGGACAGAGCAGAGACCACCUGGAGAGAUGCAGCCACACGGACACCAGAGUCGACGCCCUGCCCUCCGACCAUCAGGAGACUUCCCCACAGGACCCCGUCCCCCUGGGAUCAAACACUGCUGCUGCAGCGUCGAACACCCACUUUUGGAACUUUGUGCCUUCAACCAAAAUUCACCAGUGAUACUUCUGAAGCUUUUAUUUUCUCGCAUCUUUUGUUAGUUUUUCCUUCGUGAGGACAGAGGAUCAAUCUGCCUGAGGUACGAGGGCCUGGGAUUGUGCUGCUUUGUCUCUCUGGAGAAAAAGAAGAAUCAAACCGAGCCAGGACAUGCAACUUUUGAUUAUGUUAAUGUCCUAAAAUGUUCUUUUUUUCUACAAAUAGUGUCAGUGAUUUACUUCAUAUCAGAAGAAAUCCCUUGCUGUGCAAUAUCAGUGGAUAUUUAUGUGAAGUUGUCAUGUGGAUGUAGACUUUGGACAAACUUUUUGGUUUAUUUUUGUAACGAUGUUUUCCUGAUUUCUAUUUUUCUAAAACGAUAAGUCAGAUGAGGGGAGAGAAAAAAAAAUACGUGAAGGGAAUGAAGACGUUUGGUUGUUGCUAAAAGACGAUUUGUUCAAGUUCAGUUUUCCUCAACUACAUUCCCUCCUGCUCGGACCAGGGCCAAAGCCAUAGCCUAUCUCAGAACCCGAUGCACCGGACGUUGGAAACCCCCCCCCCCGGGGCCCGAGCAGCGAGAUGCAUUCAGGCUCUCCGCGCUGGGGCCCACACCACAAGCUCGUUGUGUCGGCUCCUCUCGGCUGGUGGACUUCUCGAGCGGUGUUCUGGUUUCUACUGUUACGUUCAGGGGCUUGAAUCUGAAGUAUUUAGUAUUCUCUACCUUUGUGUGGCCUGUUCUUCUUGCUGUUAUUUUGUACUUCCUCCUACAUAUCAGUCGAGCAACUAUAAGAGACAUGAGUACAUAUGUGCGUGCACGUCGGAGAGGAUGAGCGAGUGGGAGGUGAAAUACUGUAAAUUCUCAAACAAAAGACAAGCAAUGAUCAGGUGUCAUUCAAAAUGUCACACACAAAGUUAAUAGAUUUAAAAAUGCAAACAUGUGAAGAAAAGUCUGUAUUUAAUUGAACUGCGUUAAGAUGCAACAUGAACAAACCGGAUGGUUCCACUAUUUAAUCUGGUGAGUUCUACCACUGGGUUCCAGUUUGUGUCACCGUGAAAAUACGUUAACAAGCCAAAACGAACCCAGGGUUCAUCUGACUGAAGAAAUUCUAAAUACAAUCUUUAACAACGUAGACAAUCAGUAAAAAAUACUCCCACAGCUGCAGGUAUUUCCAGAAUCCUCUUCAAACCAUUUGGAUAAAAAAAUAUUACGUCUGUUGCACAAUUAGAAAUAUUUAUCCUUAUAUAUAUCUUUUAUUCUUUACAGGUUUUACGAGCUGUGACUGUUUCCAAUCCAAACAAACAUGGUAGCUAGCAUCGACAUAUCUCACGCUCAAUGACAUGAACCAAAAAAUUACAGUAUUGUUUGUAUUGAUGUUAAUUUAUUUUAUUUUUAUACACAGUAAUAUAUUUAUUUAAUGCAUCUGUUUGUUUUGUUUCGAGCAGGGACAUGUGUAAUUUCUGGAUUCAUAGAAAUUAGUGUUUAAAAUCUUUAUUUCGCAGCAAUCAAAUCUGUUUUUUCAUCCAGAUGUUUUUGAGGAUGUUUGAGUGAGAAACUAAAUGUACGUUAGAUUUGUGCCUUGUUUUCUGAAGUAGCUUCACCUGGAUAUGUUUUCAAACUGCGUCGGUUCUGUGCAGGGACGUUCACUGUGGUCGACACAUCGGAAACUACUGUUAAUUACCAGUGAAUCCCAGUUAACUAGUCUGUGACCCCAGUUAACUAGUGUCACAGCCGGCAGAUGUCAAAUUUAUGAUCUUGAUAAAUUACCAUGAACUGGCUGUGGAACCGGUUCCUGGAUUGUCAAGGUUACACGUUAUUUGUUUAACAUAAAAUAAAAAUGAUCAGAUAAAAUAAUGUGGCCAUUUGAGAAUUUACAGUAACUCCAGUUUUAUUGUUUCAACCCUGUUUUCUGCCGUCGUGAAUCGUGUUCUGUGAAUCCUUGAAGCUGCUAAUCCAUGUAAUGUGUAGAUGGGAGAUAUCCAGCCUUAUCCCUGACGUCCUAUCAGCAUCCUCCAUAUACCUCACACACACACACACGCACACACACACACACACACACACACACACACACACACACACACACACACACACACACACACACACACACACACACACACACACACACACACACACACACACACACGUAAUCAUUCUUCAGGCGUAUUGAUUUCAGUUUCAUGCAUCAGUGAUUCACUUGCCUCAGUUUGUGCCUUUCAGGGAAUCGUCGCUUUCACAAAACAAAACUUUUCAGUUCAGUGGUUUUAUUUUCACCCGUUUUUCAAAAUGAAUCUUUAUUCAUUCAACCAAACGAAGGUGACAACUACUUUAACAAGUAUGUGGACUGCAAACCUCGAUGUGUGACAGUGGAACAUAUCAUUCCUUUGAUUACUUUAUUAUCAAGAGAAACAUAAACCGUUAAAUUCCAUUUGAUUGUGAGGUAAAAAUGAUCUGCAUGAAAAAAACAUUUCUAUUUAUCUUUUACUCUUCAAGGACGUAUUUUGAGUGACCGACCCGUGGAAGACGAUUUGUUCUCCAGUCGAUACGGAAUCAGAAGAACGUGGGUGGAAGACGUAAUAAACACAUGAAACUUGUUCAACUCAGUCUCUUGUCUCCACAAGUUAAUUAGACGUGAGAGAGAGAAGUCCUGAUAAAAGGCUCCAGAUCAAAGCCCCGGACUUUUGGCUCAUCUUUCAAAACCACAUGAGAGAAAAGGAUCCUGACGCAACAGGAACAUAUCAGUUUGAGUUCCCUCCUCAGUUUCGUUGAAGGUUUGUAAAACAUUUCAGGAGAAACUUUCUGUGACUUCUGGACACAAGAGUCUUCACAGUUCUCAGAAAUCUCUUCUGAAGUUUUUCUUUUUUCUGCAACUGAAUCAUAACGAUGAAAAACCCUCAAAGGCACAAACUGGUCCACAAGUUCAUUUCAACUAAAUCCACCUUUUACAGCAUUUUAACAUGUUGCUUGAAAAGCAAGUGUUUGUAGGAAAACAUACAAGUGUUUGGUCUCUUUUUUUAUGGUAAUUGUUCUUUUUUUAUUGCAUGGUUUUGACUGAACUCCGCCCCAUGAUGAUGUGUUCUGCCAACAGUAGUGGAGGUAGUUUCCCUUCUGUGUGGAGUCAGUGGACUCUGCUGCCUGUGAGUGUGAAUCGUCCGUCGAGCUGCCUCCGUCCAUCAAGUACCUUUUACUGACACGUUCCCCAAAACAACGCUGCCAAAUUGGUCUGAAUAAGCCAAAUUUUUUUCUGACGUUCUCUGUGUAUAGGUGGUUGAAGUGUAUCACAUGUUAAACCUCAUCCCGUUAAUGUUACGUUGUGUUUUUAACAAAAAAGAAUCCUGUUUGUUAAAAUGUUGAUAAUAUAUGCAGAAGACUUACGAAAUAAACUGAAACAAACUCAAA